AUGCCUUCCAUGACUAGAUCCGGCCUGGUGGCCCUUGCGGCCUCGGUCGCUACCGUCUCCGCUCACGGUUACGUCGAAGAGAUUACUGCUGAUGGUGUCGCUCACGAGGGAUACAUCAUGACCACCUACCCUUACAUGAACCCCCCAAAGGAUAGCCCUGCCUGGUCCGAAACGGCCGUAGAUUCCGGUUACGUGGGUUCCAAUGAUUUCGCGUCGCCGGACAUCAUCUGCCACAAAGAGGCCAAGAACGCCGCCCUUUCCAUUCCCGUCGCGGCUGGUGGGGAGGUCUCCAUGCGCUGGAAUACCUGGCCUGAAUCGCACAAGGGCCCCGUGCUCUGGUACAUGGCCAACUGUGGUGGCUCGUGCACCACGGUCGACAAGACCACCCUGGAGUUCUUCAAGAUCGCCGAGGCCGGUCUGGAAGGGGGCGUCUGGGCUACCGAUGCCAUGAUGGCCAACGGCUUGACCGCAAGCGUGACCAUCCCGGCUGGCAUCGCUGCGGGCAACUAUGUCAUCCGCCACGAGUUGAUCGCGCUGCACGGCGCCGGCGGUGAGGGUGGUGCCCAGUCCUACCCGCAGUGCGUCAACCUCGAGGUCACGGGAGGCGGAUCUGAUAAUCCACCUGGAGUCCUCGGAACUGCUCUCUACACUUCCACCGACCCUGGUAUCCUGUUCAGCCUCGCCGAGUCGACCUACCCCAUUCCCGGCCCGCCUGUCUACGGAGGAAGUGGCUCAACGCCCCCUACCUCUCCCCCAACCACCCCAGAGCCCGUGACCCCCGUGACCCCCCCGGAGACCGACCCCGAGAAGAAGGAGACCGAACCCGAGAAGAAGGAGACUGCUCCAAAGACCAUGGUCACGAAGACCCGCCCCGCCUCCGUUGCCACCCCUGCCCCCGGUGGCGAAGGGGAGAAGUCCACUCCCGGGGGCCAGGGCACGUACACUCCCGGAGGCCAGGGCACGUCCACUCCCGGAGGCCAGGGCACGUCCACUCCCAAAGGCCAGGGCAAGUCCUGCAAAAAGGGCAAGAAGGCCAAGGGUACGUCCGGUAGCACCGGUAGCACCGGUAGCACCGGCGGUGGCAGUACCGGCGGUGGCAGUACCGGCGGUGGCAGCACCGGCGGUGGCAGCACUGGCGGUGGCAGUACCGGCGGUGGCAGCACCGGUGGCACCGCUGGCCUCUACGCUCAAUGCGGAGGCGAAGGCUACUCCGGCCCAACCAACUGCGCGUCCGGCACCUGCACCAAGCUCAACGACUACUACAUGCAAUGCUUGUAG